AUGAAUCUUAAAUGGGCGGUAGCGGGUCGCUCGGAGGCAAAGCUCAAGCAGCUUGUGUCUGAAUGCCAGACUCUCAAGCCUGACCGUACCCUUCCUGAGAUCGAAGUAUGCAACGUCAACGACGAAGAGCUAGCAACAUUGGCACGAAAGACUUUUUGCUUAAUCACCACUCUUGGCCCAUAUUCCCGCUAUGGCGAACACGCAUUCAAGGCGUGUGCCGAAGCUGGCACGCAUUACAUAGAUUGCACUGGUGAGGUCCCAUUCACAAUGACCAUGAUCCAGAAGUAUGAGAAUGCGGCAAAAGCAUCUGGUGCAUGGAUGUUUCCUCAGAGCGGCCUUGAGUCUGCGCCAUCUGACCUUCUCACUUUGACAUUGGCGACCAUCAUACGAUCCGAAUUAGCUUCCCCGACAAGUGAUGUUGUAGUAGACUUACACCGACUUGACUCCACGCCGUCUGGUGGCACAUUUGCAUCAUUUCUGACCAUGUUCGAGACGUUUCCUGCAAGAGUCCUACUGGAGGCGUUGAAGCCGUAUACCUUAUCACCAAAGCCAAAUAACCACCCUGGCCCAAAGAAAUCGUUCCUGGGAUCUGUCACAGGUGUGCAUCGGAUCCCUGGCCUCGGACUACUGUCAACAAGCCCUACUGGCGCCAUGAACGCGGCUCUUGUUUGCCGAAGCUGGGGUCUGAUGCAGCAAGAAGACGGUCUCCCGAAGGACUUAUAUGGCCCGAACUUCACAUAUCAGGAGUUCAUGAAAGCCCCAAAUGCUCUAGUAGGCCUAAUGCUGCAUUACACGCUGAUGACAACAGCUCCACUCCUACUGCUUCCACCGGCUAGGGCACUGAUACGGAAGCUCACCUUCAAACCAGGAGAUGGCCCCGACAAGGAAAAAUCCAAGAAAGACAUCAUUGAGUUCCGAGCAGUUGCCAAGCCUGAUGCUUCAACGGACACUAACAAACAGGCUUUUGGUCGCCUUGCAUACACAGGGAGCAUGUACUACCUAACUGCUCUGAUUCUUGCUCAGGGAGCCGCGACAAUCUUGCAGGAUGAUUCGGUCAAGUUGACAGGAGGUAUCUACACUCCAGCAUGCCUCGGACAGGGGUUCAUAGAUCGUAUUGUAGGUGCGGGUGUAAACCUGGAGACGGAGAUUCGAGAAAUCUGA